AUGAAUCCAGAGUACGAUUACCUUUUUAAACUUCUUCUUAUUGGAGACUCUGGGGUCGGAAAGUCUUGUUUAUUGCUUCGUUUUGCUGACGACACGUACACCGAAUCUUACAUCUCUACGAUUGGAGUGGAUUUUAAAAUCCGAACUAUCGAGCUUGACGGGAAAACAAUCAAACUCCAGAUCUGGGAUACUGCCGGACAGGAGCGAUUCCGUACUAUCACCUCAUCGUACUACCGCGGCGCUCAUGGAAUUAUUGUUGUUUACGAUGUUACAGAUCAGGAGUCAUUCAACAAUGUGAAACAGUGGCUGCACGAAAUUGACAGAUAUGCUGCCGAAAACGUUAAUAAACUCUUGGUUGGAAACAAAUCAGAUUUGACGGGAAAGCGCGUUGUAUCAACUGAACAGGGCAAGGAGUUUGCUGAUAGCCUCGGUAUUGAAUUCCUAGAAACAUCUGCAAAGACAUCCACCAAUGUUGAACAAGCUUUCCUCACAAUGGCAAGUCAAAUCAAGGCCCGAAUGAAAACACAGCCUACAGCUUCUGGGGCACAAGGUGGCAAGAGUCUUCCACUCAGGGGACAACAAGUCAAGCAAAGCCAGGGUUGUUGCUGA